ACCUCGGGUCUUUAGAUCGAAAAAAUCCUAUCAGGCAAUGAUAAUAUAAUUAGUGAAAGGGCCAAGCCGCAAUCCAUGCUGUGACGACAUGACUUCGAACCACGUCCACCACAGAACCUCGGUAUGGUCAUUCGGAAUUCUGCACGAUUCUAAAGCAGACAGGUGGGUAUGAGCUCAUCUGUUACAAAUCCACGGCUGGGCCCAUGAUGCAAGAUCGCAAUGGACUAUCGUGGACCCCAUAUAUAACAGGCCGGCCGAGCCCAGGGACUACGCCAGCCUCUACUGACACAUAGACAAGACCUUGUCCGUGAAACCAUUAUUCCCUUUUCUCAUAAAAAUACUAGACCAGUCAUUAAAAUGGCACCCAAGCGUCAAGAAGCUGAGCCUGUUGAUCCCAGCCCCUUGGGUCAACCCCUCCCCUUUGCCUUCAGCGGCAAGACGGCCAAGAACCGUUUCCUCAAGGCCGCCAUGACUGAGCGCCUGUCCUCGUGGGACCCCAAAAACCUCGAGGCGCGCGGUGUCCCUUCAAAAGAGCUCGUCAAUGUGUACAAACGCUGGGGUGAGGGUGACUUUGGCGUCAUCCUGACCGGCAACGUCAUGUUCGAGUAUGACCAUCUGGAGGCUGCUGGCAACCCCAUCAUCCCUCGCGGUGCUCCCUUUUCUGGUGAGAGGUUUGAGGCCUUCAAGGACUUGGCGACUGCAUCAAAAGCACACGGGAGCUUGGUCGUCGCCCAGGUCAGUCACCCUGGACGGCAAGUUACCGACACCAUUCAGCCACACCCCAUCUCCGCAAGCGAUGUCCAGCUCGAAGGUGACGUUAUGGGUAUGCGGUUUGCCAAGCCCAGGGCUAUGGAGGAAAAGGAUUUCAAAGACGUAAUUGAGGGGUUUGCCCACGCUGCAGAGUACUGCUACAAGGCCGGAUACGACGGUAUCCAGCUUCACGGCGCCCAUGGUUAUCUUUUGGCCCAGUUCCUGUCGUCAACGACAAACAAGAGGACCGACAAGUAUGGCGGUUCGGUGGAGAACCGCGCCCGCAUCAUCAUUGAGAUUGCGGAUGCCAUCCGUCAACGUGUCACCGACCCGGCCUUCAUCGUCGGCAUCAAGGUGAACAGCGUCGAGUUUCAAGAAGGCGGCUUCUCGCCGGAAGAUUGCAAGGUUCUGUGCGGUCUGCUCGAGCAGCACCGCUUCGACUUUGUGGAGCUGUCUGGCGGCACUUACCAGUCUCUCGCCUUCCAGCACAAGCGCGACUCCACGAAGAAGCGCGAAGCCUUCUUCCUCGACUUUGCCGAGCAGAUCAUUCCCGAGCUGAAGCAGACCAGGUCGUAUGUCACUGGAGGCUUGCGCACGGCCAAGGCCAUGGUCGACGCCCUCAAGACCGUGGACGGCGUUGGCCUCGCACGACCUGUUUGCAACGAAUUUGAUCUCCCCCACAAGCUCAUCACCGGAGAGGCACCGAGUGCUGUUGAUGCGCUCAUCGACGAGCAGAACUUUGGUCUCACAAAUGUCGCCGCUGGCACACAGAUCAAACUUGUUGGAAAGGACAAGCAGCCUCUCGACCUCAGUCGUGAGGACCACUUGCAGAAGUUCAACGAGUCAAUGAAGAAAUGGGGCGAGAGCAUGGCAGACAAUGCAGACCAGUCCAAGUACGGGUUCGUGGACAUUGACGGUAUUCAGCUCGAACCGUAUGGCACUGCUUAUGCCGCAGCAUAAAGGAGUUGAUAGAUGUGCUGGUCCUCCUGGGCGAGGAUGGCCAGGUCAGCCG